AGUGAGACCAGGCAGGCCCCAGGCUGUGGGCUGGAUGGCCUCGUCUUUUCUCCACUCAUGAAGAGCUGGCCAUUUGUCUUCCCUGAGUCUUGACUUUGCCCUCAACCCAGGUGUGAGCUAAGCCAGUGGGAGUGUGCAGCCACAGACCAGCAAAGUCAACAUUUCCGUGAAAUUCCUGGGGCUGACAACAGCAUGCAAAGAAUCCUGAUGGCCCCUGGCCAAAGCUGCUGUGCCCUGGCCAUCCUGCUGGCAAUUGUGAACUUCCAACAUGGUGGAUGUAUUCAUGUCACCAGCUCAGCAUCCCAGAAAGGAGGGCGACUGGACCUCACCUGUACUUUGUGGCACAAGAAAGACGAAGCUGAGGGGCUAAUACUCUUCUGGUGCAAAGACAAUCCUUGGAACUGUUCCCCUGAGACCAACUUAGAACAGCUUAGGGUUAAAAGGGAUCCUGAGACAGAUGGCAUCACUGAAAAGUCAUCUCAGUUGGUGUUCACCAUAGAACAAGCUACACCAUCAGACAGUGGGACCUACCAGUGCUGUGCCAGAAGCCAGAAACCAGAAAUCUACAUUCAUGGCCACUUUCUCUCCGUUCUAGUCACAGGGAACCACACAGAGAUAAGACAGAGACAAAGGUCACACCCUGACUUCAGCCAUAUCAACGGCACUCUCAGUUCAGGCUUCCUGCAAGUAAAGGCUUGGGGGAUGUUGGUCACCAGCCUGGUGGCCCUUCAAGCUCUAUAUACCUUGUGACAGAGAGAAAAAAAGACUUCAGAGGAAGGUACAGCGAGGUAAAUCUGACAAUGCGCAGAGAAGCCGGGUCCAUAAAACGGAUAUACUCUGAACACUGGGGCCGGCCAGACGGUCAAGGGUAAAGGUGUUUGCCUGCCACAUUGCAGGUCCAACCCGUGCACCCACAUGGUGGAGGGAGAGAACUGACUCCCACAGGCUGUCCUCUGAUCUCCACUGGGUGCCGUGCCUCCACCCCAGGCAACAAAAAAAUCCCAAGAAUCUAGCAGAACAGUUGGUAUACCUCUGGAUCUCCUUCCUGACUGCCAGAGCGAGGUUGGCUUCUCCCACCUCGGUGCCAAUAAAGAAAACGUUUUGCAAAUGUUGCUGAUGUAUAGUCCUUGAAUGCCAGGUAUGUUUUAUACCACAGAAUAAUGUUUCCCCUCCACACAAUAAAAUAAGCAAGUUUUAAUUGUAUGUGUGUGCAUGAGGCAUUUGUGAGAGCACUGCACACACACGGAGGUCAGAGGAAACUCUUGGGAGUUAGCUCUCUUCUACCAUGGGGUCUGGAGAUCAAACUUAGGCGUCCUGGCUUGUGCAAGUGCUUUCAGCUGCUGAGCUGUCUCGCCAGCCCCAAAUAAGCACGUUUUUAAAAGAUAAGAGGAAAGGAGCUGAAGAGAUGGCUUAGAGGGAGCGUGCAGUCAUAACACUGGUGUUUGCAUCUCAGCACCCAUGUAACAAGCCAACAGUUCCCAUAAGCCUCAGCUUCAAAGGGCCAGAGACAGGAUUGCUGGGGCUCGCUAGCUUCCAGUGUAGUGGAGAAAAAUGUGAGACCCUACUCAAAGGAGUAGGUAGAGAACAAGAGGAAACCCAACACCCUCUUCAGGCCUCUAUGAGCACAUGCAUCUGCACUCACGCACUCACUCGCAUCCCCCGACACACACACACACACUAAAUAAAUCUUUAAAAAGGAAAAUGCCAUUCUUAAAAAGAACUGUUUAUUUAAUACUGUAAAAAAUAUAAAAUGAGCAAAUAUGGGGAAGAAAGAGAGCAAGAGAAUCAGGUGUAGUGACUGGCUUGCAAGGAAAACAAAAAUAUCUUUAGGUAAGUGAAACUUACUUUUAUUUUAUGUGUUGAGUGUAUGCCUGCACAUGUGUGCACCACAUGAAUACCUGGUGCCCAGACAAGGGCAUCAGAUCCCCUGGAACUGCAGUUACAUCAGUGUAAAGGAGACGUCACCCACAGUGUUUUUCUAAGAAUCAAAUAAGACCCUAUAUUCGGAACCAAAAGAGAUAUCUGAAUUUUGACUCCAAAGUCUCCGAAACUUUCUCCACUAUAUUACAUCCUCUAUAAUCUUUUCUACCCGUUUGUAACUUUAAGUAAAUGUUAAGCUCACAUGAACAGAGAAGUCAUUUGCCUUUUACUCUUCAGAGAAUCUUCUGGAAUUACUCAGACCACAGUCAUCUCAACACCACAUCCAAAUACAGGGAAGGUUCCAUAUAGCAUAUUGUAUUAACUGAAGUGCACACACAAAUCUACACACAAGACAUAUGAUCUCUGCUCGUUUAACAAGACAUUCACAGGCACUGAACUAAGCAGAAUAAAUAAGCAACCAUAAAGCAAAGGUCUAAAACAAUCUUGUUUCUAAUGCUCAUUUCAAGAUUCAGUUAAGCAGAAAUGGGAAAUACUGUCUUGGGUUUAAAAUGUGUUGAUACAAUCAAUUUCAAUUUUAAAUAAGCCCGUGAACUUUCGUGUAUGAAGCCCAAAAUCUAUAUGAAUAAUUCACAAUUUGUGAAGCCACUGAGCUAUUACAAAGAACCUACAAACCCAUUUCCUUCUGUUCAAAUAAAUAUUUUACAUAUGU